CCUUCUCUGUCCUUCUCUUCAAAAAUCCAUGAAGUAUUUUAACCCUUGCAUGGAAACCAGGUAGACUGCUCCUGUGUUUUUCCAUGAUGAGAAGAAUGAUGUGGCAAGCCCAUCCUGCCCCCCCUCCCCAGCCCCACCAAAUUUUUUGCCCUGUCUGGGGUUGUUUAUCUAGGUUGAAUUAUUAAGUCCUCUUCAGCACUUCAGACUUUCAGCUAGUAUUUCUGUGAGUAAAAGUCCUUUGGGAUAUAAGAGAGGAAGUGUAAUAUCAGGAUGCAACAGCUUAGUGACCAGAGAAAGUUGCCUGUGGCUGUAGCUAUGCAGAUGGUGUCUGAGAGCAAUUUAACACCCCAGCUCUCCUCUUUAACACCCCCAAACUGCUCAGAACUGUCAGUUCCCCAGUAUUACUUGGGAAAAGGCUCAGUUUUCCCUGAUGCAUUUCUUCUUCUUCUUCCACAGGUCUGACUGGAUGGCUCUGCCACACUGGCACCUUGGCUGUCCUUGCCCCAUCUUUUGUUAUACACACAGGAGGGGUUUGAGCCUGUUUUCUCUGGCCCCUGGAACAAUGGGAGAGGAAGCUUAGGAGAGGAUGAACACUUUAUCAGUCUGUGUUUUGCUGCUCUGCCUUACUGUGGCUGCAGCUGUUGUGAGGGGAUCUGAGGAGGGACAAAAGGAGGGAGGGAAGCCGAGCAGCUUACACCAAAGUCUGGAAGACAAAUAAGUCAGGGAACUAAAAUAAGAAACAAAUGUUAAAAAAAAAAAAAAAAAAAGAAAAAAAAAAAAAGUAGGGUUGAUUGUGGAUUGGGAAUGAACCCAAGUUUAAGAUCAUGCUCAUGGAAGGGCCACAUCCAACUUGAGUAUCUGCAAGGGUAUUCAAACUAGGCUUCACAUCCUAUCCUGGGCAACCUGUCCCAGUGAUUCCCCCUCUAUGGAGAAGGGACUUCCUUAUGUCUGAUGGAAAUUUCCCUCUUCAAAGCUUGUGGCUUGAGAGAUGAAAACCUCUCAUGCUUUGGCUGUACCCUCUGAGGAGACUCUGGGCACAGCCCUCCCCACAAAGGCCCAGGGCAGAGACAUGAUAGCCUCCCUUGACCUGGUGGCCCCCUCAGUGUGAAGCUUUUGAACUGCAGUAGUGUUAAGACACUAAACAUAUUUAUAUGGCACCUGUAACUGACCCAGGAACAGGUUUGGAGGUGCCACUGGCUACCCUGGGGCCUGGCAGCCUCAUCUCUUGGCUGUGUGGCAGUCCCUGCUCAGCCCACAUGGCCCCACUUGGUCACACAGGUGCCAAAGGAAACCAGGUUGAAAGUUUGGUUGUGUCAGGGUGGACAACAGUCACUGCUCCCUCAUUGCCAGGGAAUAAUUAAAACACUUCAUUGGAACAUAUAAGCACCUCCCUGGUUUGAUAUAUAUUUUUUGCUUUUUGCUUGCAUUAGGGGUUUGUGAAGGUAAAGACUGGUAAGAUACAGUUAUUUGUCAUAUCAAAACCAGCAGAGCUUUCUUCAGCUGUUUGCAUUAAACCUUUUUGGAUUGUUUUAACUACUUUGUGCAAAUAAACUGAAGGUACUUUGUACACAACAAGUACAAACAAAAUGACAGUGCUUCUGAAGUUGGGACCAUUCUUGCAGCUGUUGUUCUAAAUCUAAAUCUUGACCCAAUUUCCUAAAUCAAACAAAACAUGAGAUAAAAGGAACACCAUGAGCAUGAGCCCAGCUGUGACAAGGCACAUUGCCAACCAUGGUCAGUUGUGGGAACCACUGGUGUGAUGAAAACUGCCUGAGGGCAGGACUACAGGGUGAGAACUGCCUGAGUAGUGUCUUGCUGUGGUAUCCAUACUGCUGGUGCUUAGGUAGAAGUGUCAAAGCUCAGAUGAGAUGAUUCUGUCCAAGAAGCACUGAAUGGAGAAGAAACAGAGCUGUAAAAUCACGAGGAAGACUUGAAGUGCAAGGCCUCUGGAUAACAGUAUGGCCUAGGAAAUGGCAUACAAAACACCAAAAUUUGGUGUAGGUGUAAUAGAUUUGGGAUCCAUGAAAUCUGUAUAUAAAAGAAAAAACUACCAUUCUAGUCAGCUAGUUUGAGGCAUGGCCUAAUGCUGACAGAUAGUCUUUAAAGCAGUGCAGAGAUACUGCAUACUGAGAGAAUCGAUAUUUUUUUUACUUUUGUACUUUUGUGGCAUUUCACUGUGAUCCAUAAAACAGGUACCAAAACAUGUAUACAUUAGGGCAUGGGUUCUUUGUUGUCUCCUCCCCAUCUUUUAGGCAGUUGCUGUGGCUCUGCAGAGAAGCAUGUCCAGUAUACGUGAUGCCAUGCACACUGCAAGGCUGCUCACGUAUACUCAGCCAUAUGAAAUUCCCUCAUUUCUCCCUAUUACAUAGAUAAAUUAAUUUAUCUGAUAACAAUCUCCUUUAUUUGGAAGCAAGCUGUUUCCAUUUCUACAGAGUAAUAACAGGGACACACCUUUUGAGAGAGGUACUGGCACUCUGUGGAGGAUAGAAGGCAUGUAAUCAUGCACUGCCUAUGACUAUCCAUGAAUUCUACCUUAAGAGAAGCCACUUAAAGCUCAAUUUACUCAACAAGCACCUGGAGCUGGCAGCAGCUCCUGUGUACACUGGCUGGCCAGGACAUGGCCUGCAGCCAUCAUAGUAUUUUCACACAGAUCCCUAAAGAGCUCGGGAAAGUAUCACCCUUCAGUAGCAGCUCAAACAAGGUACUUGGAGUGGUGACAGAGCCUCUCCCUGGUGGUGUCUCUAAAGCUGUGUGAGGCAAUUUUAAGAUUGUGUGUAUUUGUAUUGAAUUUCAGGAGUCACAAUACUGUGGUACUCUUUGGGAAAGCAACAAACUACAGCUAUUGUCUAUGAAGUGCAUUCAUGCAUUCUAGAAAGCACAGAUUUGGAGAAUAUAGGCCCCAUUUUAAGUUUCUUUUAAGCUCACUCUACUUUAGAUUAAAUAGUUCAGACAUGUAACAAACUGGCAGGAAGUCACGGCAGGGAAUAUAUGGUUAAGGAAACUAAACAAACCCAUUUUUAUGAAUACUCAAUGUUGCUCAUGUGCUCCUGCCAAUACUACUGUACAGAGCUCAGAAAGCAGUAAUCUGGAAAGCCUGAUGUUACUGUGUUGGCCAACCAGGCAAUAUUAAUAGUAGUAGUACUUGGUGUUGGUACAGCUCAUGACCCAGCUGCUGUGAGUUUGCCAUUCUGAAAUUAAUCUGGAUGGCUCAGCCCACCUCCCUCUGCCCCAGGCUGGGUUUAUUAAACAGCAGACACGCAGUUUCUGUAGAUAACAUUUAAAGUUACCUACAUUUGACUUUCCGCAUUUCACAACCCACACUCCUACCCCUAAAACUACACGUGCUUCACCCACAGAACCAUUACGUCAUAGCCCUGUAUUUCCUUUUAUUUUAGACUGAAUCUUUUAAGCAACUUUAAAAAAAAAAGUAAAUAUUCCCCAGCACACUGUUAUCUCCGGUUGUAGUACCCGGAAGGAGUGCUGGGGCCAAAUCAGGCACAAUGGAAUUUGCUGUGGGGAAACCUGCUGAUGACAGUGGAACCCGCCCGUGUGUGAAUUCCCAUGGCUCCUGCCACCCCUUUAUAAGCAGGCGGAGGUGUGCCAGGGCUGGCAGGAGCAGCAGGCAGCAGCCAGGCACUCACUGGAGCACAGCUGUGUGUGGAGAGGGAAUGUCUGGCUACAGCAGCAAGAGCAUGGUCCUGCUUUCCGUGCUGGCGCUCCUGGUGCUGCUCCUGUGGGGCACCUCUGAAGCACAAAGCAACCAGGAUUGCUGCCUGUCCUACACCAAAGUGCGUCUGCCUCGGUGGGCUCUGAAGGGUUACACUGAGCAGCUCUCCAGUGAGGUCUGUGACAUCCCUGCCAUCAUUUUCCACACUGCCAGUGGGCUGAAGGCCUGCGUAAAUCCUAAGGAAGGCUGGGUGAAGAAACAUCUCCUUUUCCUGAGCCACAAGCUGAGGAAGAUGUCAGCUUGACUCGGUUUCCAGCAAAGAGCUAAACAUAGAAGUGGCUGAAGAAGCACUGGGUUAGGCUCUCAGCUGAGAUGAUUUGUACACUGUUGUGUGCUCACUCACCUCCAACUCCAGCUUCUUUGGAGCUGAACUUCUUGAGUUGAUUCAUAUUGCAUCGCUGUUUUGCUUGAGUUAAGCAUGUUGUUAAAGUUUCUCUUUUUACUAAUGUGUAUAUGUUACUGAUAGGACAUGGGUACUGUUUAGUAAUGUCUACCUUGAGCUGCUGUAUAGAGUGUGAAUUUUAUUAAGUUUAUUGUAUGUUAUUUUGUUUUCUUCAGCAUAUGUAAAGCAGGUUAUUUAUUCUGUUAUUUUAUUAUUGUCUUGUGCCAAAAUGUUUCCUUCGAACUGUAGUUAGCAUUAUAAUACCUCUUGAACUAUUGUUAAACAAAGUCUGUAGAAAAAAAAUGGUAAUUGGAGAUUUAAAAAAAAAUAAAUGUUAAAA